GUUGCACCACCAGUUAGAGCCAUCUUUGCUUGAGACAGAAACUGAAAGAGGAAAGCAAUCAUCUACCCCUUUUGGAGGCACCCUUGGAGCACAAAUCAAAGAUGGAUGAGCAAGACUCAGCCAGUCCUGACCAAGGAAGAGGCACAGAAAUCAUCAAGAAUGAAAAUAGCACGGAAUCCUUGGAAAGAACCAGGCAGAAGAUUCUGGAUGAGACCACUGUCAGCUCAAAUGUGCAGCACCAGCGCUUCCGGGAAUUUCACUACCAGGAGGCUGAGGGCCCCCGCGAGAUUUGCAACAAGCUCUACGAUCUUUGCUGUCAAUGGCUGAAGCCAGAGCAACAUACAAAGAAUCAGAUGCUGGACUUGGUGAUCCUGGAGCAGUUCCUGACUGUCCUUCCACCAGAGAUAGUGAACUGGGUCCGCGAAUGUGGAGCGGAGACCAGUUCCCAGGCAGUGUCUCUGGCUGAAGGUUUCCUCUUGAGUCAGACAGAGGACAAGAUACAGAAAGAGCGGCAGGUAAUGGAGUGA